AUGUUCGAAAAGCUAUUCGGUGUUACGAAAAAGACCUUCCUGGAGAAGAAUGUCGUUCGCGCUGGCGAGAACGACAAAUUCUACGAAGACAAGUGCACGUUCUGUUGGGGUCCAUACGACGAAGAUCAUCGCGCUGUUCGCGUGCAGCCUUGCGAUCACGUGUUCGGAGACGUCUGCCUCGAAGACAUGAUCGAAGCCCCGAAUGGAGACAAAUGCCCCAUCUGCCGAGCAGUAUGGUUUCAGCCUCCUACUCAAGUUUUCCUCUGGCGUAUCCUUCUGGACAACUUUGUGCGUCUGCAAAUUUGGGCAAUAUUCGCCUUCAGCCGACUCCAGGCGUUCUGGUACACACUCCAACCGUUCUGGUAUAGACUUCCAGCCUGGAUCAGGUUUCCUGUCAAGGUCGUCAACUCCUGGUACCGCAUGUCGAACGACGUUCCAGAGCCCUAG